ACGAACUAGUACUUAGUAAGUAAUAGAAAGACCCUACACAAAUUCAGAAAAAAGCAAAAAAAGACCCUACACGGGACAGACACAUCUCUUUUUUCAUGUCAUUCAAAAAAUUGAGAAUCAUAUUUUCUCUCAUCUUGUUAUAACUCUUCAACCACCCUAUUCAAUUAGUAUAUUCUAAAUUUAAUUGAAUUUUAUUUUAUAUAUAAAUAAGAGUCUUCCAUCAUAUGUUAUUUUUAUUAGCUUAUCACCUUACAUGUAACCAAUAUAAUAAGAGAAAUUCCUUUCAUCUCUUAUUGAAGGUUGUUUAACUUCUAAUGGCUAUUAGAAUGGAUGAAAAGGUGGAAACUCUUGAAUUAGAGUUACAACAAGUGAGAGAGGAGAACAAUACUCUAAGAUUCAUGCUUGAAGUUAUGAGUAUAAAGUGUACAAAGCUUGAAUCUCAUCUUCAAGAUAUCAAAAAGGAAGAACAUAGGGGAAUCAUAAGUUCAAAUCAUCAAAUUGAGUCAAUACCUAACAUUGAUUCAAGCAAAAGAGCAAGACUAGAGUUUCCCACAGCACAAAAGCCUCUACAAGUCUUUGUACGAACUCAACCUAAUGAUGAAAGUUUGAUAAUAAAAGAUGGCUAUCAAUGGAGGAAGUAUGGUCAAAAGGUUACCAAAGACAAUGCUUCUCCUAGAGCUUACUUUAGGUGCUCCAUGGCUCCUAGUUGCCCAGCAAAAAAGAAGGUGCAAAAAUGCAUACAUGAUAGGUCUAUCCUUGUUGCAACAUAUGAUGGAGAGCACAGCCAUGGUGUCCCUAAUGAGUCAUUUAAACCAUCUUCAUCCACACCUAAAGGUUCAUCAAUAUCUAAUAAAUUACCAACAAGAUUAAGUGACAAAGAAGCCAUAAGCACCAGAAUUUGUGAGAAUGUCAUGCAACAGUUUGGCGUUGAAAGGCACAUUAAAAUUGAAGAAUAUGCAAGUUCCCUAAUCAAAGAUCCUGACUUCACUGCAGCAUUAGCUGAAGCAGUUGCUCGAACCAUCACUGAUCAAGAACAUAAGCGACAAGGUCUAGAUCUCAAUUUGAAUCUUUCAGAAGAGUGAAAUGAAUGGUUCUUGCUCUAAACUCAAAACCACAAGACAAGUGUAAAGAGUUUUAUUCAAGUACUUAGAUAGUAUCAAAAUAUGGAUAAUGAGGAUAAAUUGUAGUUUAGUAGUAUUGUAGGCUGGUAUCACCGAAAGUGAAGAAAAUUUACUUACGACGUUUGGAUUGCCAUAUUUGAGUUUAUCUCUUUGUAUAAGCACUUGGAGAUUAUUUCGGAGAGCUUAUUAAACAACCAAUGACAUGUCCAUAAGCUAUUUUCAA